GGCUAGCGUUGCUAAGGUAAAGCAAAAACUUUUGUUCGGGCAUGUACAUACCCUAUUAGUUCGUCUUUCAGUUGGUAGAGGCAGUCCUGGUCGUACUGCCAUACGGUAUGGCUGCGGUUUGUCGAAGUUUUCUCCUUAUUCCGAUAUAAUUUGAAGCAAACCAUUGAUAGUGAUGUUUUACUCGCGUGGAUGUUCAUUAAAAACUAAUCGUCCUUUCGAAUGUUGAUACAUCAUGUUGUCCCAAACGAAGAGCAACACGACUGGAAAGCUGGAAGGGAAACGACCAAAGGAGCUGAUGUCGUCCUCCAGUCUUUCUGGUAUGUCACAGUUGUCAAACAGCAGCGAAGAAACACUGGAACCCCUUGUACAUAGGCCGCACAAAUCCGAAACGUUGCAAAGCACAACAAAGGACAAGAGUCCUCAGCACAACGAAUGGCUAUUGAAUGGUCCAACUGGAAACAAAACAUCUAUUCUACGUUUCAAAUGUUCCGCGUUAGCAACACCUCCAGAAGAACCACCAGCAAGGAAGUUACAUAUGACCUAUAAGAUUUUUCAAACGGAUACAAAGCUCAUCAAUCUCUUGCUGCAAUCCCAUGGCUUAAUAGAGGUGUCUAUCAACGAAUCGGAAUUCAACAUCCUGUGGAUGGGGAAUCAUCCGAAGCCGGACAUUCUUCGCAAUCUGAUGCCUCAUCAGAAAGUGAAUCAUUUCCCAAGGUCGUACGAAAUCACGCGGAAGGACCGCCUGUACAAGAACAUCGAAGCGAUGCAACGCAGCAAAGGUCUAAGAAACCUGGACUUCAUACCUCAAACCUUCCUACUGCCCAGCGAGUCGAGGGAAUUGCUCACUGCGCAUUUCAGGUAUCGCGGACCCUGGAUUGUCAAACCUAAAGCCAGUUCCCGCGGACGUGGCAUUUAUAUUGUUAACAGUCCGGAGAAGAUCCUUACGGAUGAGUCUGUGAUCGUUGCACAAUACAUAAACAAUCCCCUUCUGGUCGACGGGCACAAAUGCGAUCUACGGUUGUACGUCGCCGUAACGAAUUACGAUCCGCUGUUGAUAUAUCUGUACGAAGAGGGUCUGGUCAGAUUCGCCACGGUCAAGUACGAUGGUGGUAAUCAGUACGUUUGGAAUCCUUGCAUGCAUCUGUGCAAUUACAGCAUCAACAAAUUCCACGUAGAUUACGUCAAAAGCGAGGACCCAGACGCUGAAGAUGUGGGUCACAAGUGGACAUUGUCGGCGUUGCUCAGACAUUUGCGCUCUAUGGGGCAAGACACGGAGUCGCUGAUGCAACGCAUAGAAGAUAUUAUAAUAAAAUCGAUCCUCGCGACCGCCUCUGGUAUCGUUAGCGGCGUUAAGCAAUUUGUCAAGCAUCCAGAGACCUGUUUUGAACUGUUUGGCUUCGACAUUCUUAUUGACGACACGUUGAAGCCAUGGCUACUAGAAGUGAAUUUGACGCCCUCGUUGGGGUGCGAUUCGCCGCUCGACGUUAGACUGAAAUCGGCUUUGAUAGCCGAUCUGCUCACCCUAGUUGGCAUACCUGCGGUUGAUCCAAUUUUACGGCCACAAACUGUACAUCUGAAUCGAGCUACUGUUACCUCUACUAAAAGAAUAGCUAGUUGUAGGAGAGUACACUCCGCUGAGACGUUGUCGCAAAGGAAGAAAAACGUAAACAAAAGCAAUAUAAAUAAAACUGGAUUAACAAGCGAACAGCAACGGAUAGUAGCGUCUGCGAAGGCGCAGUUUGAACGACGAGGAGGAUUCGUUCGUAUAUUUCCUAGUCCAAAAUCGUGGGAAAUGUACUCGCAAUAUUUAGAUCCAACCACGGGGAUACCAGUAGUUUCGGAUCCAUUAGGACCAGGCAGAGUUCCGCAACACGUUAACGCUAAUUACAAUCUUAUGUUGCACGAACAAUUGUUCCCUGCGGCUAGUCGCACUACUGGCUUCAUCAUCCCUGAAGUCACUCUGGACAGACUAUCUAGAUAUGAAAGAUACGAGAGAGCUUUGGUAAAGGGUCACAAACAAAGCUUGGAUCGCGGUGAUAGCAAAGAAAACAUGGACACCGAUAAGCAUAAGUAUAAGAGUCAAGUGGUGCAAUCCAUGCACGAUGGAAAUAAACUUAGUCCUGGAGAAGCUAGAAAAGCCUUCGGUUUAUACUUAGGCCACAUAUUGCGUAAGAUAUCGCAAUCCAAUGCUGACCCAGCGUGCUGCGAACUUGUGAUAAAAUUUCUUCAGCAGUCGGCUAGUAAUUUAAGAACACCUUUCUUCUUCACGUUACCAAGCAGCAAAUUAAGCGACAAAGAUCGUGCUGCUGUUACUGCUAAGCAGCUGUCAGACUUUUUACAUCUGUACAAUCGAGAAACGGAUCUUUACGCUGAUACGGUGGAUCGUCCUCGCACCGUUCCCAAUAGGCUUUUCCAGAAAUUCUUGGCCGCUGCAAGCGAAGCGGACUUGGACGAUAUAUUGAUUCUGCAAACGAGACUGUACAAGUGUGCCCACAGCUUCUUAGGGAGAAGCGGUUUCGCAGGGAGCCUGCCAGGUCCUAAUUUAUUGGGCUCCCUGCCGCACAUUACAUCUCGCGUGUAUUCAAAUGCCGCCACCAGUGAGCAGUGUAAAUGUAAUCAGUCUAUUAUCAGGCCUACGAAAGCUCCGCGUACAUAGCUGAGCUACAAUCUGUGAAUAUCUGUUAUAGCCGUGUUAGUUCGUUAAGAUACUAAAUACGGCUGUUCUAGGACUUCCCAGCACAAGUGGACAAUCAUCCACACAUACACUCAUACGUAGACACAAUCUGAACGUUUCCCAUCGAGAGUAAGCACAGAAAACAUCACAAAGCUAAUAUUUUGGGUACGCUUCGAGAGCGCUUUAAUGUUUGCUUAUAAUUGUUAAGCUAGACAAGUUCGUUAUACGAUACUUCCAACGAAUAUUCUCGAGCCUUCUUAAGGAAGUUUUUCUAUAGUGUUCACAAUUAAGUACACGUUCUUGUAUGACGGUUUUAUCUUAAAGCUAGUCUUCGGCAUCAUUGCUGGAUAGAAAUGUCUCGAGGAUCAACAUCCACCGAGCGUAGAUUUCGCGAGUUUUAUCGUACGAAACUGGUGGCCAAUUGAAUUGGAACAUUUUUAGGAUAAAAUCUUUGAACAAUUAUCGAAUAUUAACAAAGAGAGGUUAUGUCGGCCUAUUGAGCAGACGAUCAAUGUUUGAUUCUUAAAACGUGACAAGCUCACCGAUUAUUUACAUCGCGAAAAAUAUUAAAAUUUUCUUGCUUUAAAUCGAAAACAAGAACGAACUUAAUCUAUCGUUCUUUCUGAACUAUGUUUGCGAAUGUUCGUCAUCGUUGGAUUGUGUACGUUUAUUUACACUAACCAGUCGAUUAGUUUUAACUAGUUCGCACUAAGUUUUAUUACCAUCAAUUUCAGAGGCAGCUUAGUAUUACGUAACGACUACCAUAUUUAAUAAUUCUAACAAACAUGUUCCUACUUAACUAUACUUUGUUUGGUGAGAGCAAUGUUUUUUUUCUCUUAUUUAUGCAUAGUUUCAUUAAAUGUCUUUACUCAUCUAGUCAAAUUAAAAGGCAGAAACGUAACUGUGGCAGUUAUCAUGUUUUAAUUCUUUUUGUUUUUUUUUUUGUACGAUUAUUUUGUUGUAUGUUCAAAUUGUAUAUUAUUUAAGAACAUUUCGUCUGAAAGUUUCAAUUCGUCCAACAACGGAUAUAUAGUUGCUAGGCGUAAGAUAUAAAUGUUAACAGUUUAUACACAAAACAUUCAACGAAUCGAUUUAAAGUGAACGGACGGUGUAGCGUUAAUCUGGUUAAGAAUUAUCCGCGUGAUCAAGUAUCUCGAAGUGCAAUAGGUGAUAAGAGUACAGUUAACGAACUCGAGCGAGAAUUGUUAUUAAGAUAAAACAAAAAUGUACUUUUCGCGGCGAUGAUGGUACAACCACUCGCACAAUGACUUAUGUCGUGGUUCGGUGACACGCUUAACGAUAUUACCUUUCCUGUGAAUUGAGUUCAAAUGAGACGCACGCGUCGUCCACAGGAUUUUUUACUGUGGCUCGACGAUGGAAAUAAAAAUGAGAAAUGUAUGGUUUGGCAGGUACCAAUCCAGUAGAGUAAAAUUGUCGUAUCCAUCCAUGUAAUGCCGUCAGUAUUUAAUACACAAGGAUUUGCAGCUUAGAAUUCCAAAGAAUAUAUUUCAGUCGCAUAUUUUGCAGGCUUUGUCAUCCACAGCAUAUUCAUUGUACGCGAUUCGACGGUCAUAUAUCGCAGGCUUUCUCACCUGUAACAUUCAUUAUAUGCAACGACGUUCGUGUAUUUUCAUUUCCGUUGCUAGAUCCAGUUGGAUCCAGCCUGAAUCAUUGGUAGAACACAAACUCAACUCAUUUGCUGUGAUACGAAUGCAUACGAUGGAUAGAUAUCAACCCUUUGCGGACUUGCGUCUUGCUCCAAAAUGCCCGUCCGCGAAGGGUUGAGCGAAACGUAGUAUCUUGCACCAUCAUUAUUCAGUAUAUUAAAUGUUGCAGUGAGUUGAUCUCACGUAAAGUGAAUAAAAACGGUCCUAACGUUGUCUUUGCUAAACGGUUCUAAUGUUAUCCUUUGCUAGUUGGGCACAAAGGAAGGUAUACUAUCGUACAUUGAGACAUACAAAAAUAUUGUUGAUACCAUUAUUGUAUUCAUAGCGCGACGCGUUGGAAUCGGCUUCUUCUGGCAUUAUUCAUUUUCAUUUCGAAUUUUAUAGGAGUAUCCCUGCAUGAAGAAAUUAUGCAACGAAUAAGCUUAAAACUAUGGCGCUAAAUGCCGAUUAUGUAAUCAUGUUCACCUUUUCUCAUCGCAUUGAAUCGUAUUGUUUUUCUUUUUUAUAAUAACUUGAAUUUUAUAGAUAAGAAUUGGGCGAAAUUACUCGAUUUGUUUUCUAACAUGUGAACAAUUGUGUUAUAGUCUCUUUUUAUUUAUAGCGUAAGAUAUACUUCAUCUUUAAAGAUUCAUUGGUUAAAGUAUUAUUUCACAUAAGAGAAAUUAAUAUAUUUAUUUAAACGAGGGAUAUUAUGUUUAGUUUAAUAUUUUAUUUAAAUUGUACACGUUCAAAUGUUACCUUUCAUUGCUUGAAUUUAUAUCUGCAUCUUGCAUAGAAUAUCUCUUUAACAAAAUAUACAUGCAUAUCUGUUCCAUCUCGAGGUUUGCGUCCAUUAUAAAUGUGUAAGAAGCUUCGUCAUCUUAAUUUAAGGUUAUCAUGUAGAGAAGUACGUACUGCCAUUAUUUUGUAAAUAUAUCUUUUCUUUGUUAUCCUAAUAUAUUUUUGAUGUCAUGGACGAUUUGAUUUUAUAGCGAAACCUUUGUGUGACGAAAACGUGUAAAUCAUAAACAGCCAAGAUCCACAAAACUUAUUGUUUACAAUUGUAUUCCUGACAAACAUAUGUACGGCGAUGUCAAAUGCUUUACUUAAUCGAGUAUGUACUAUUUUCGAGUCAAAGCAUUAGAGAUAAUUAAAUCUUGCAUAAGAAGCCUGUCCAGACUCCAAGUGAAGAGUUCUGAGUUACAAGACUACCGUUUCCCUAUGCAGAGGUUUCUUAUUUCACCCUCCAAGGUAAUCUUGGUCGAAGGGUUAGUAAUUAACACUUGUUACGUUUAAACAGAUGACGAGUAAGGCGUGAGAGUUUACAUGAGUUUUUAAUAUAUUACAAAUAUUAAAUGAACUAUAUGACAUAUAUAUUAUUAUUGUACUUAAAUUUUCACAAGCUGUUAAGCGAAGAGCCUUCUGUAAUUGUGUACGUUUGCAAUGAGAGUCAUUUGUUGUGUUGUAUGACAGUAUGUAUGUUAGUAAAGUUGCGAGAAGGUACAGAUAUCAAUUCACGCGUAAAAUUGAAGUUUGCUUCGUGUCUUUAUGCAGUAAGUUAAUUAUUUUGAGCGUUUAUGCUCGUAAAACUUUGCAGAUCAACUUGGUAUAAUCGAAGGUUACGCUGUAUCGGUAUUUUUCAAUGUUUUCCAUAGAGAAUGGUGAAUGCAAGAACUUUUAUCUAACGAAGAAGAAUCAAAGGAGGAGAUUGUAAAAUACUCGAUGAUGAUUAAACGAUGAAAUUAUUUGAGUCGAUGAAAUUAGCAGAUGUAUAUAAAACGAAGAAAAAAAAGAAAGAAAUUGUCAAUACAUACCUCUGUGUUGCGUACGCGACACUCCCUUCCUACCUGUGAUUUGUAAAAUUUACUAGUCAGCUUACUGCAUUUACUAUGAAUAGAAUAAUUGCUAUGUACAACUAUUUUAUUAUAAUCUAAUAUAUAAAAGAAGAAAAUGGUUACUCGGUAUUAUGACAACUGCGUUGAAACGCGAACGGGGAACAUCGCGACCGAAAUAAUUGUAAUUUAUAAACAAAUUGAAUCUCGUUAAUGCCUAUUGUUUCGUCGGUUGCUGUAGGGCCGAGUUAUCACGCAGCCUUUUUAGAUCUUAAAUAUUCGAAUGAUAUCGAAAGGCAUCGAUUGUAUGUACCUACAAGCAUACGUAUUUUCGCAUUGUAAAGUUAUCUUCAAUUUCAAGUAUUGGAAAUAAAAAGUAAUAACUCGAA